UGCUGCUUUUCUUGCUCUUGCUGUUUGUCCACGCGAGAGUCGAUGUCCGCUUGGGUGGAGCACCAGCAUUGUAAAGCUAGAAUUCAACUGUAGCCCGUCUAAAUUAGCUCUAUAAUCAGGGAUUUGAUUACCUAUUUGCCUGUUCCGGGCAGUAAUUAUCGAGAAUUUGAGUUGAGUUGAAGGUUAACCCGAUGGAAAAUAGAGUAGAAAAGCAAAAUUCUCUGCAGGCCAUCCUUUACAAGCGUGGUUCGCUUCAAUUGCUUGAUCAGAGGAAACUUCCACUUGAGACAAUCUAUUUGGAUAUUCAAGACACAAAUGAUGGAUGGGUUGCUAUAAGGGAUAUGGUUGUUCGUGGUGCACCUGCUAUUGCUAUUGCUGCUGCUCUUUCCUUGGCAGUAGAAGUAUCUAACCUAAAAGAUUUUAGUGGGACAUCUGAUGAUGCAGCAUCUUUCCUUGGAAAGAAACUGGAAUAUCUUGUCUCCAGUCGUCCAACGGCUGUAAACCUUUCAGAUGCUGCAUCCAAACUCAAGGAAGUUGUAUCAAAGGCUGCUUCCACUGCUAAAGACACUAUGGGUGUCUUUCAGGCUUACAUAGAAGCCGCUGAGAUAAUGCUUCAAGAUGAUGUUGCCUCAAAUAAAGCAAUUGGCUCCUAUGGAGCUGGAUUUCUUCUGCACCAACUGAAAGACUUUGACAGGAUAUCGGUUUUGACCCAUUGCAAUACUGGCAGUCUCGCAACAGCUGGAUAUGGGACUGCUUUAGGUGUGAUUCGUGCACUUCAUGCUGAAGGAGUGUUAGAAAGGGCAUACUGUACUGAAACACGUCCAUUCAAUCAAGGAUCCAGACUGACAGCAUUCGAGUUGGUUUACGAGAAAAUUCCUGCCACUCUAUUAGUAGAUUCUGCUGCUGCAGCACUAAUGAAGGAUGGUCGAGUCAAUGCUGUUGUUGUAGGAGCCGACCGUGUGGCCGCUAAUGGUGACACAGCCAACAAGAUUGGUACUUACAGCCUUGCUCUUUGUGCAAAGCACCACAAUAUUCCAUUUCUAGUAGCUGCACCACUUACUUCCAUUGACUUAUCCAUUACCUCUGGAGAAGAAAUUGUCAUAGAAGAAAGAUCUCCUAAAGAAGUGUUGCAUGCACGCGGUGGACUUGGGGAACAGGUCGCUGCUUCUGGAAUUGCUGUUUGGAAUCCAGCUUUUGAUGUUACCCCUGCUGAUAUAAUUAGCGGAAUCAUCACAGAAAAGGGUGUUAUAACAAAGAAUGGGACUGAGGAUUUUGAUAUUAAAGGCUUCGUGCGGAAGGCAACAAGCAAUUCUUAAUGGCGGAAGCAACUUUCGUGGCAAAUGGCAAAACAUCUUUGAAAAGGAGACGUCUCUUCAGCCAACAAUUGAGCAUUUCAAAAGCUCGGCAACUUAAACUGGGGCACGCCCGUUACAGUAUUACCCUAACUAAAUUGGAGCAAACCAUGUGUUUGACCUGGCUUGUGCAAAGUUUAGCAAAUGCAAAAAUUUUGCUGCUCGACUAGUGCUUGUCACAGUCUUGUUAAUGCAUGAUGCCCGCCAUGCUUGGGUGUUUUACGAAUUUUUCAGAAUUAUGUCAUCUGGGCAGCGAAAGUUGUCGAAAUAAUAUCAGAAGACGUGUAUUCUUGACGAGUACUCAUGCAUGAUGCCCGUCAUUGUGUUUAAUGCUCACCAUGCCUGUGUACCCUAUUUCGUCUAA